AUGGACAAAUGGGUAGGAAAAGUCGCCGUGGUCACGGGGGCGUCGUCCGGGAUUGGAGCGGCCACCUGUAGGCGACUGGUUGACAGAGGAAUGAUUGUCGUCGGAUUUGCCAGGAGGGAAGACAGACUCGAGGAGUUACGAAAAGAGUUGAUGGGAAAACUAGGUGAAUUUCAUUACUACAAAGUUGAUUUGUGUUUGGAAAAAAAUAUCCAAGAAGCAUUCGCUUGGGUAAAGGGCACAUUUAAGUCGGUCGACGUAUUAGUAAACAAUGCUGGAGUUUGGAGAAAUAGUGACGCUUUAGGAAACCCACAAGACUGGAAACUGAUGUUUGAAACCAACGUGUUAGGACCGAGCAUUUGCAGUAAAGAAGCGGUGAAUAUCAUGAAGGAGCUGAAAAUCAACGGUCAUAUAAUAAAUAUAAAUAGUGAUAUUGGCCAUUAUCCACCAACGUUAAUGGCAAACAUGUCUGUCUAUAGUGCGACCAAGUUUAGUAGCGUUUCAAUAACUGAAAGUUUACGAGAACUGUUAGCCUUACAUAAGUUACCAAUCAGAGUCACUACUACAUCAAGUGAAGCUACAUUUGUUUGCUUGUUAGCUGCCAGGACUCAGGCGAUCCGUCGGAUACAGGAGAUAAAUCCAGAACUAGAAGAUGUAGAAAUUAACAGUAGACUAGUGGCUUACUGUUCAGAUCAGGCUCAUUCAUCAGUGGAAAAAGCUGGUCUCAUCGGGCUCGUUAAAAUGCGAUUUAUCGAAAGUGACGAUUCCUUAUCACUAAGGGGAGCUCAAGUUAUGGAAGCUAUUGCCACUGAUAAAAAACAAAACUUGAUACCGUUUUUUCUUUGUGCGACGUUGGGUACAACUGGCGCUUGUGCGUUUGACAAACUUGAAGAACUCGGACCGAUAUGCCACGCGGAAGAUAUGUGGUUUCAUGUCGACGCGGCUUAUGCGGGUACAGCGUUCAUAUGUCCGGAAUUUCGUCAUUGGCUAUCGGGUGUCGCAUACGCGGACUCAAUUGCGUUCAACCCAAGCAAAUGGAUGAUGGUUCAUUUUGAUUGCACAGCUAUGUGGUAA